CACGAGGUCGACCAAGGGAGGCCAACAGACAGACAAACUUCCUCGAAUACAAUACAAAGCGAAUAAUAUAUAUACACACACGAUAUCCAUACAAAAAUCUCCAUUGCCGAACAUACAUAUAGAAUCCUCUUCUUUCCUACUGGGCCGCAUCGAAUUCACGAGAUUGGGAUAAGGGAACGGUGCUUUGUUUGGUUGAUUCUGUUGAGAAAAUUGCGCUGAAUAUAAACAAUUAAUCGGCCAAUUACGGUGCCUUGGAGGCGGCGAGUGCCACGGACUAGGGUUUUUCUUCAACACAGGGAGGCAAUUUUCUUCUUUUAAUCGCGGUACAGAUUGUGUUCUUUUAGGUAUUUGAUUCAGUCGAAUGUUCUCAGUUAUUUUGGCGGACUUAUAGAAACUGGUUCUGAUUUCUGGAAAAUUUUCGAAUUAGUGGGAUUUGCUUUUCGGUUUGUUGUUGGGUGGGGUUUAGGUGCAGGUAUAUUGACUGCAUUUGGUUUUAUUUUGUUCGUGAGGCUGGUAUUUAUUGAUGAAGGAUUGAUUUGGUUUGAGAUUUUCAUUGCAUGGGAGAAAAUCUUAGGUGGCUUUUGUUAGAAUUUAUUAUUGCUGAGGUAUCAAAGUUUUUCUUGGCUGUGUGAGGGUGACAGGUCUGAUUUAUAAGUUGAUUGAGUAGAGAAAAGUAAAGUGAUAAUGAGGUCCUUGCUGCCCUGGAUAAAUCAAUUCUGAAGUUUGUAAUUUGGAGAUUAGACAAGCUGUUGCUGUGCAGACAAUAGGGUUGAAUGGUACGUGAGUUUGAGAAUUUGGUACAAUUGGUUUUGUUUGGGCGUCGAGAAAGGGGCAAAAUUGGAUAUCGGCAUUUGGCGGUGGAUGCUCGGUUAUUUAAGAAAGAUUGAUCCUUUUUUCCUCUCAUUUGAUAUUAUGCGAUAAUGUAUAACAACUGUCAUGGAAAGAAGUGAACCUACAUUGGUACCGGAAUGGUUGAAGAAAACUGGAACUGUGGGCAGUGGCUCAGCAUCACAUUCAGAUAGACCAGCUGCGUCGGACCUUCUUCGAAGUAAAUCAUUUGCGAAUAGUAAUAGUGACUUUGGUGGAUCUUCUAGUUCUGCAAAAGCAACCUCAUCGUAUUUUCACCGGAGUUCUAGCAGUAAUGGUUUUGGGGGUCAGAGGUCUCGUAGUAAUUUUGGUAGGAAUCGACACCCCAGGGAAUAUGAUAGGAACAAUACCAAUGAUAAGCUAGAUAAGAAUUCACGGGACCGCCGAUUUAGGGACUUCUCAGAUGGACGUGGUGACAAUUUGCACAAUGAAUUUGAGAGAGUUUCUGGGAAAUGUGGGAGUACCUGGCAUAGGAAAGUUAUUGCUGAGUCGAGCAGUAAUAGCAAUGGAUUACCUUCCAAAGGAAAUUCGAUUGGUCAGGUCAGCAAAGUAACAUUUGAGAGAGAAUUUCCAUCUUUGGGUGCUGAAGAAAAAUCGGUCGGUUCAGAAGUUGGAAGAGUUCCAUCUCCUGGCUUGUCUUCUGCCGUUCAGGGUUUACCUAUCGGAUCCUCAGCUAUUAAUAGUGAUGAAACUUUGACUUCGGUGUUAGCAGGGGUUCCGGUUUCAGUUGGAAGCACUGGAACUGGCAUGUCUUCCACGCAACAAGUUGCUCAGUCAGGUGUAAUGCAUGUGGCUGUAGGGACACCAUCGAAUCUUAACAUGGCCGAGGCUGUAAUUCAAGGCCCUAAGUGUACUCAAAUAAUUCCUCAGGUAUCUGUGGAAACUCAGAGACUUGAAGAAUUAGCGAUUAAACAGUCCAGGCAAUUAAUUCCUGUUACGCCGUCCAUGCCAAAACCUUUGGUGUUCAGUUCAUUGGAUAAACAGAAAACUAAAGUGGGUCAGCAACAGCACCCUGUAUCAUCUUCAUUUGUUGUUAAUCACCCCAUUCAACGUACAAAUACUACUGUGAAAAUCGAUGUCUUGAAGCCCUCAAACAUGGGAAAGCUCCAAGUUCUCAAACCAGUGCGUGAAAAGAAUGCUGCUGAUCCUGUCAAAGACAACUUGAGUCCGAGAAAUGGUGCCAGAUUAGUAAAUUCUAUUUCUAAACUUGCAUCUGUUUCCACUGCUCCUACUUGUGCUGCGCAAAGCCAUGAAAGUAAGCCUGCAUCCAAUCUGCCGGAGAAGCGACCCAGUCCUCAAGUUCAGAGUCGAAAUGAUUUUUUCAAUUCAGUGCGGAAAAAAUCCAUGGCAAACUCCUCUUCUGCUGUAGAUUCAUCUGUCAGUAUCUCUUCAUCAGACCCGGACAGUAACAACAGUGACACUACCGUGACUGCAUCUGUUUCAGACAAUAUUGCAGAAGCAAAUGCAGUGAGUGCUCCUAAUACUUCUCAAAGUCACAGUGGUUCCGACAAUAUAAAUUCAGGUGGCAAUACAACUGAGGCGGCAUGCCUCACGAACCUCAAUGGUAAUGACGAUACUUGUUCUGGGCAGAAGAAGCAUGUUAAAACUGGAGACAAAAUCCCUACAUCGGAUCCUAUAUUCUCUGAAGAGGAAGAGGCUGCAUUUCUACGUUCUUUGGGCUGGGAGGAAAAUGCCGAUGAGGAUGGUCUUACCGAAGAAGAGAUCAAUGCAUUUUUCAGGGAUGUCGCCAAGUACAUCAAUUCAAAACCAUCUCUCAAAAUACCACCACGAGUUGACCCAGAAUUCUUGGUGCCUUUCAAGCCGCAUAUUGUGGGCAUUCGUCCAUCCAAUGCAAAGCUGGAGUCUUGAUUCUCUAAAUGUGCGCCAUCUUAUUUAGAUCCCGACGAGGUGCGUAGCGUAGCAUACUUUCCUACUAAUAAGUUGGCGAUGAGUUCAUACUGGUUUUUGAUUAGAUUUUUGGAAAAAAAAAAUUAGUGAAUAGAGGGGUAGUAGGGUUAUGAUUUAAUGAUUUCAUUUGAACAACACCCUUUCUAGUCCAAAUCUUUGAAAGAAUCUGGACAAAACUCGGAAGCUUUGAUUAGGUUACUUUUGGGUUUUAACAUUUUCUAUUUUCUAUUUUAUCUAGUUUGAUGUUUGUGUAAUAA